AUUUUACUGUACAGGAAAUCAGAUGAAUUCCGAUUUGACUUACAUUUCUCUUCCGAAAGCUUUAAAAAAACAAUAUUAGUCUAUAUCACAUCAUUUAGCGAUCGAAAUAUACAGUAUGCGCUCUGUUUUUCUCUCGGAAUAUGGCAUUUUAACAUGGGAUUACUGACUGGACGGCAUUGUUAGAUAAUCAGGAAGUAUAGGCAUUGAACCGAUCAAGAAUGUGAUAACCUGCUCCGGUCAACGUCUAUCAUUUGCAAAAAUGUGUUCAUUGAAAGACAACAUUCGGCGCAUACGGUCAGGUACGUUCCAUUUUAUUUAUAGGCCUAUAAUAAAACAAUAUACAGGUAACUGCCUAAAUAAAGUAAACACUUGAGUAAAUUAGGGUUUUGGCGGCUCUGUUAUGGUGUGAGGUGCAUUUUCCUGGCAUUGUUUAGGUCCACUGAGGGCAAGGUAAACACCAAUAAAUACAUACACAUCCAUUCUGAGUGAUCACCUUCAACCUUUGAUUAAUCGCUUCUAUCCUGGUGGGAGUGGUCUCUUCCAGGAUGACAAUGCCCCCAUUCACAGGGCACGAGUGGUGGUCACUGAAUGAUUUGAUGAGCAUGAAGCCCAAACAGAUAUAACGUUUGACUAAAACAAUCAUUUCAAACCUUGCUUUCAUUUGUAUAUGAUCACAUAUAUAUCUGUAUUAUGGGUGGGGAUACUUUGGAACAGAUUUCCAAAAUUAUAAUCACUUGGAGCUGAUUUGCUGGUGUGUUUGGGGGGCAAAUAAAAUGUGGCCCGUGGGCCGCCAGUUGGGGAACCCUGAUGUAAACCAGAUGCAAUGAUCUCAAUUAAAACGAACACUAAUGGGAGACUCUGGUGCAGUGCCUGAGACAGCGUUUUCCACCACCAUCAACAAAACACCAAUUGAUGGAAUUUAUUGUGGAAGAAUGGUGUAGCAUCCCUCCAACAGAGUUCCAGACACUUGUAGAAUCUAUGCCAAGGCUUUUCUGGCGGCUCGUAGUGACCCAACACCCUGUUAAGAGACUUUAUGUUGGUGUUUCCUUUUAUUUUUCAGUUACCUGUAAAUAGCUUUCAGAAACAGUAAAUCCCAUGUAGAGAUGGGGAGAAAGGAAAGGGAAGAAUUGCCUACUGAACAGCUGGCGCACUGACAAAUAUGUGGAGUAUUCACUCAAAUGUACUGUAUUACCGUAGUCCAACAACAUUAAUUGUUUCCAUUCUAACUUCUCACCUCUCACAGCUUCCGAUGGGCUGAUAUUGGAAUUGAAAUCCGCCCACCCUCCAUCCCUGGAGGGGCGCGCUGGCUGCGAGACGUGGAGCGUUGAUUUCUCUCCGGAUGGAUCCUGGUUUGCAUGGUCCAUGGGACACGGGAUUGUGUGGGUGAUCGCCUGGCCGCUUCAGUUUGAUAAGUAUGUAGGGCCUUUAAAGACUACAGGCCUGUAAAUAUUCCUUCCUCCUUCCUUCCUUCCUUCCAUCCAUUCUUCCUUGCUUCCUCUCCUCCUUCCUCAUUUGAAGGUCUCGAUGUUAUUCAUCAGCAACUCUUGAGUUUUUGCCUUCAUUUGUUUACUGACAAUAACGCUUGUCCAUAUAGGGUUGAGAUUGCCCUGGAGAGCAACAGACAGGACAAGACCCUGAACUGUGAUCAGACAGUGUGGGGGCUGGCGUUUGGACCACGUCCAUCAAAGACACCAGCACCUGGAGAAAAAGCAGCAUCCUGUGAUAGAGAGUCAUCCAGACUGCUUCUGGCCACUGGUUUAGACAAUGGAGUGAUCAAGAUAUGGGAUGUUGUAACUGGUGGGAUAUCUAACUUAGGACACUGUUCUAUUUCAUUUAUUGACCACAUGAUGCCAAGUCUCUAAUGUUAACCUGCAACUCACAGUGCCCUGAUAACAUUUUCAGGUCAGCCUCGGUUUGACCUCAAAGGACACGAGGGUAUUGCAAGGGACCUGGUCUUCACUCCCAACGGAAAGCUCACCCUCGUAUCUUCCUCUCGAGACAAAACUUUAAGGAUAUGGGAUCUAACCCAGAAAGGUCAGCUAUUGUUAUACAUCUAAAAACCAUUGCACCAAAGGAUAUGUCUCUCAUCUUCUCCAAUGCAGAAAUGCAUGGACAUGUUUAUUGCACAUGGAAUUGACCCUAAACUUCUAUAUACUGUAUCUGUUUCUCUGCCCUCCAUAGGUAAAAAGGAGCCACAUGUCCUCACUGGCCACAAGGACUGGGUCAGCUGCUGUAGUGUUUCACCAGACUGCAGCAUGAUCGCAUCCAUUGGCAGGUUUGACAGAGUGAGUUGCCCCUCAGCAGAGCACUCUCCAAGAGAAGGAGAACUCUGGCCAAUCUGUUUUGAUAAAGUUAGUUGGUAUUGUUUUCUUGGCUGUAGCAGACAAGCUGCAAACUAACUAAAGGACAUGUCACACUACUGAACAGAACGAAACCAAGCUGUACUAAGCUGGCCUGGUUUCGCAACCACAAUAGUUGCGGAAACCGUGCUGAAAAGGAAAUGUCUGAGCCAGCAGAGUUUGGUUCGACUCAGCAUGGUAGUAUGAAAAGGGUAUACCCAUUUUUUUAUUUUACCAGAUGGUGUGUCUAUGGAGCCUGCGGUCGUACACCUUCAUCAGGAACCUAAUGGGGAUCAACCACAAGACAUUCUACCUGUUAGCUUCCUGUGACUUCUCUCCUGAUGGGGCACUGCUCGCCACCGCAGCCUUCAGUGGUUCCAGUUGGUGGAUCGAUCUGUGGGACCCCUACACUGCACAGAAAUUGUCAUCUCUAAUGUUCGUCUCUAUUUUAAUACAGAGAGAGAGAGAGAGAGAGAGUUGUGUGUGGAUAAUGGUUUGAUAUGUGUGGAAGGAUAAUGGUGUGAUAUGUGUAGCAGGAUAAUGGUGUCUUAUGUGUAGCAGGAUAAUGGUGUGAUAUGUGUGGUGCAUUAGUUGACACAUCGUUGCUUUUUCUUUCCCAUAGGGAUUGCUCUGAGAUGUAUGGACAGAACCAAAUCUCAUCAUUGAGAUUCUCCCCCGAGGGUUUGCAACUGGCCAUUGUUACUGAAGACAGGUAAGAGUUCAGUUAAGAGCUUUGCACUCUCCUCAACAAAUUAAAAGAGAAAGUACUAGGCCUUGUGUUCCAUGUGUUUCACAGAGCCCUCCAGAUGUGGGAGCCGGGACAAAGGGGCAUGGUGAUGCAGACCAAGGAGGACCGUGCCUCCAACGGGCUGUGCUGCAACUUCCAUCCACAAGGGGGAGUCGUAGCCACAGGGUAGAUUUACUUUACUUGCUCAUUCUCAUUAGAAUAACUUGAUACAAAUAUGAGCCUCCUACACUUAACUCAUUUUAGAUCCAGCUCUGUCCAAGCCUGGAAGCUCUGUCAAGCCUGGAAGCUCUGUCCAAGCUCUGUCAAGCCGAAUACCUGUAUUUGCGUUUCCUAAAUAGUAGGCAUUUUAGGUAUGCAAUUAUUUAUUUAUUUAGUUUUAGUAUGCUUUAAAUGCCAGGAUGUCAUACUCAUUUAGGCUUUUCAUCUAGUAGAAUUCACUGCACACUAUUGAGUAAGGGAAUCGUCUUUUAACGACCCAUGUGUGUCUGACUUAGGUAUGGAAAGGGAGGGUAUAUUAAUGGAAACUUUCCAAGUUUACCAGUAAACUACCAGAUUUUUGGUAUCUUUCAUGGAUUUUAUGUAAUCUAUCACAAGACAUCUAGUGGUCCUUUUGGGUACUUCAGAUUAUCACAGGUGUCUGUAAUUAUCUCUGGCCCUCUGUGUGGCCUUAUCACAUGUAAAAUAUAUGAAAUAAUUAAAUAUGAUUUAAAAAAUAAUAGAAUGACAAAGCUGUAAAACAUUAUCCUACAUAAAUUAUAACCCAUCACCUUAGUGAAUAGCAUUGGUGUUUAAUAUGAGGGUUUCAGCAUGAAAUAUUGUUUUUCUUUUACUGUCUAUGUAUUUGUUGUCAAUGUUUUGGCUUCAAACUGGUGGCAGUUGUGAAAAAAGUCAAUAGUUGGAAGAGUUCCAGAGUUAAUUGAUAAUGCCAUGGUUAGUUAGAUGCUUUUUUCAUUAAUUAGGCUAUUUUCUCUUGAACCAUAUGGUCUAUCUACUAGAAAUUAAUGGACAAUAUGGACACAGAUAUAAAAAUGAAUAAUAUAUUAAUACAUUUUUCAAAAGUUAUUCAAGUAUAAAUGACCAAAGUUACGAUAGAUUGCCAUAGAAUUUGUUAAUUACCAAAGAUUCCGAUAACUAUAGUAAAUUACCAGUAGCUUUGCAACCCUAGUCUGACAACAGCUGAUAAUCAGCUGAGGGGAAGCGCUGUACCAAAAUAAAUGAAUGUCGGGAAUCAACGCAAUUGCGCAUUAGAUGACGCAUUUUCAGUAGGAUGAGCCUAGUAUGCCGAUAUUAGUUGCUUACUGCAUUCGUUUUACCUAACCGUACAUUCUAAAUAGUAUUUAGUAUGAUUAGUACACAGUAUGCAGUUUAAGUAAGUAGUAGGCAAGCCAGAUUUCGGACACGACCCCGUGUCGUUGCAGUUUAGGUCUUUUUAGUAAUUAGUCUUAUUUAGUUGGCAUAUCCAUGUAGAAAGAUUAAAACAAGGUAAACAAAUUGGCUGUGUUCUUUUUGCAGGACCAGAGAUGGCCAUGUGAGGUUCUGGAGGGUUCCCAGGUCAGUGCCCAGUCUGUGCCACCUGUGCCGCUCCGCCCUGCGCCACUCAGUCUCCACCCACCAGGUGGAGGCCCUCCCUAUCCCACGCAGGAUCCUGGAGUUCCUCACCUACAGAGACAUCCCGAACCACUCGGAAGCACGAUCUGACCGCUCCUCAGAUGAGGAAUAGUGACUUUUGGGAAUGGGUGGAGAGCAUGUUUCUGGACUCCAUUUGCAAUGCAUUUGAGUUGGUGGAUGUAUUGACUGACUAAUUAUGGAACAGUCAAAGGAGGAGAGCUAAUUAUUUGCCUCAUUUUGGAAUGCAUAAAAAGUUGGUGGGAAUGUUGUCUGACUGAAAGGAAAGGGACUUUCAAGGACCUUGAGUGGAGUGGAUACUUUGUGGUUUACACAAAAUCAGUCAUGUCCCAUCAGCUAUUUGCCCAAGGAAAUCUCUCAGGAUGUCAAAAUGGAAAUUAGCAAGUGAUUAUACUCAAACAUACAGCUGAACUUUUAAAACUCUUAAAUCCUAACAUUAUACUGGUUAAUUUACAUAAAUUGCACCAAAAAAUGGAAGGUACUAGAUGUAUAUUUUGUGCUAGGGGUAUAUUGUAUGAUAUAACUAUUAUAGUGUGUAAAUUGACAUGUGUAAUUUUGCUGAGUAAAUAUACAUUUUGUAUUGUGUAAAUUGGUCUAAUUAAAUCAUUAUUCCAUAUAUAGUUAAAAAAAAUACACAAAUUAC